AAAGUUCCCUAGAAGAAAUUUGCUCCCUUUGUUCUGUGAAAACCAUACUUUGCUCACAUGCAGUAUUUCUCCUGUUAACCUGGUUCACCUCUCAGCAAUGAUUGAGAAUUUUGAAACCCAAUUUUUUUAUAUCUGCCUUUAAGAUAUGGGGCAGUAGGAUGAAUGGGAAGAACAGCUUCCUUAGUGCUAUGGAUGUCUCAUCAUAUGCUUCAGGGAAAUCUAUUUCUUGGAUUAAAAAAUGGUUCGUCUCCCUUCUAAUGCAGUCCUCUUCAAAGAUUUUCCCUGUAAGACACAGCUCAUUGCCACUUGUGAUGCUACUGGCUAUGUCAACCCAUUUGCUUUCAUGUUCAACAUCAAACUGUCAUUUGAUUCAAAGCAGGCUUGAAUCUUUAAGACAUAUAUGUAAAUCAAAUCCUACCAGCAUACUGAACGCACAAAUCUCUCUCUCUCUCUCUCUCUCUCUCUCUGUUAUAGCUGUAAGUCUUGCAAAUCCUAAAAUUGGGAUUCAUUAUUACAAGCAAAUAUUACUAUAGUUAUUACCUAAAAUAUAUAUCUUUGCACAGUAUGAAGCAUUCUAUUGUUCUUGCUGAAAGUUUGUAAAAUAAUUGUUAUGAAUUCCAGAGCAUUUAAAAAUUCCCAAAUUGAAUUAAUUUAACAUUUGGCAAAGUGUUUCACUUUAGGAGCAUAUCAGCUUUAAGAAUGAUUAUGACUAUGGGUUUUUCCUCCCUCCAACAGAGAAUUAUGGACUGGAUAGCAACCUAAUUAUUCUGGCUGAGAUAUAUCAAUAUGGACAUAGUUUUCUCUGCGUUGUCAUGAUCAUAUCAACAUUACAUAAUAUGAAUGAGCUCAUUCUAAUCAGGUUAGUUGGGGCUUCUUGGAAGUGAUUUUUAAAAAAAUACCUGGAGCAUAAAGGGAAGCCAGACUUCUCAGACCAUGUUUUCUGAAGUAAUCUCACUGAUUUGCAGGAAAUGUUAUGCGCAAGUUAUUUGAGACAACAGGCCUACAUGUCCCCAAUGUUACAUUUAAUGUUGCUGUAGAUCAAUUUAAAUCACAACAUUGCCAAAACUUCUCAUCAGUUAAGUGUGCAGUUGCAAUGAGAUAUGUCUGCUUGUCUACCGAGGGCAACCUACGUCCACAGAGCAGGUGUGAUAUGAGGUAAAGAACUCCAGAAGCCAAGGCUGCGAUGAGCAAUGCGAAUCUCACUGGAAGAAGUCCAGAUAGGCUUUCCUUAACAGAUGGUAAAUACUGUUAGGUUUUGACUGCUCUAAACACCUCUUUGGGGAGAUUUGAGGACCGACUCCAAGGUCCUUGCUGGCCGCCACCCCAAUGGCUGAUUGGUAAUGUCAAGCAAAUAGUGUGAUGCUAUAGCAAUGCUAUUGUGUUGGCUCUAAUGAAAAGAUGAUGGUUUCUCUAGGCUUUCCUAUACCUCAGCUGUUUGCUUGGCAGCCUUUUUUAUGGCUUUGGGAUACUCAAAGCUAUUACAGGUCAUAUUCCACACCUUUUUCAUGUAUGUGUGUAUGUGACUGACAGCAGUGGAGGAAAACAAUCAAGUGAUUUAAACCUUGGACAAUGGUGAAAGUGAGCAUCAAAAAGAAUGCAAUAUAUUGAAAGUUAUUCAAAUACAGUCAUACCUCAUGUUACGGCUGCUUCAGGUUAUGUGUUUUCGGCUUGCGGACUGUGGGAAACUUGGAAGUACCAGAACGGGUUACUUCCGGGUUUCGCCAUUUGCGCAUACGCAGAAACGCUAAAUCACACUUCACGCAUGCACAGAGGCGCCAAAUCACGCCUGUGCCUGCACAGGCAGGCACGGCGCCUCAGAAUGCGAACGCUGCGGGUUGCAAAUGUGCCUCUGUCACGGAUUAUGUCUGCAACCCGAGAUUCCACUGUAAAAGAAAACUGUCCAGUGAUUCAUCUUCUGUCUAGCAUAGUUACAUGUUUUCAGAGUGGCAGAUUAAAAAGUCACUCAUCUGCAUGCUCAAAGUGUUAGGGAUGGCAGCUGGGCGGGAAGAGUGGCACUGCUAUUGCAUUUUCUCAUUGGCUCUUGGCCUCUGUAACUUAACACAGCCAAUCGCAUCCAGCUAUUAUACAUUGCCAGCAGUGUGGGCAGACAGGAGAAACAUCAAAGACACAUGGCUUUGGAGAGAGCCUGAUACUUAUUGGACAGAAGCAGCCAUGAGGUUUUUAUGUAACUUCUGAGCUGGCUGGUUGACUGGAGAACAGCAGGAGCAGAGUGUGUAGGCCCUGAGCAGUACAAACUUGACAUUUGAGAGCUAGUUCAUGUUUCAUUCUUCUAGCUUAUAGUAUCCCAGAUUCUUUAAAAGUGUGAACAGUUCACCUUCCCACUCUCUCUCUGUCUUAGGAGUCUUGGGCACAGAAAUGACUAGUUGUGAGACUGAGCGGGGAAGACUCUGGUGGAGAAAUAGAAGAAGACUGUGGGGUUAAUUUUGCUUAACACUUUCCUUUCUAAUCUGGGAGGUCGAAGCAGCGUGUAAGGACGAAGUAGCAUGUUAAUGAGUUACCCAUACAAAUCUAAGCAGGAAGGGGACAUCGACACCAACAGAAUAGUUUGGAAAGCUGGGAUGUGAUCUAAGAUUCAUAUUGACUUCAGCAGGCUUUGAAUCAGAAAACCAGAGGACUUAAGACUACAGGCAGAAAAUAAGAGAAGGAAGGCACCCUUUUUCAUAUGUGGUGGAAGUGUAAGAUAGCAAAAGGGUUCUGGGAAACGAUAUAUAAUGAAUUUUAAAAAUGUUGAAAAUAAGCUUUUCUUUUAGGUAUAAUUGCAGAAGAACUACCUAAAGAUCAGAAAAAAGUUAUUUAUGGAUGCCACCACGGCUGACCAAGUGGCAUGUGUCCAAAGAUGGGAAGAAGAAGCAGUUCCAACGAAAGAUGAUUGGCAAUUAAAACAGAUGGAGUACGAAGAGAUGGUGAAACUUACUGGAAGAAUAUGUGAAAACAAAUGAUAAACAAUUAAACACAUUAGCAGGAUUCACAUGAACACAAGCAGUAAGAAAUAACUUAAAGGGAGUAAAAAGGUUAAACUUGUAAAUAGGUUUGAAAUGGUUAUGCAGUAAGAUUAUGAUAUAAAAUAAGGAACAGCAGAGGGGGAGGGGAGGGAAGGCGAAGAAAAGGCAGGUUGAAUUUGCUUAGAUUUAAUUUUUGAUGUUAAAAUUUUGUAAUUGGAAAAAUGGAAAAGUAAAGUAUAUAUAUUUUAAAAAACUACAGGCAGAAAACAACAAAUGGGGAUUUGGCUUAGAAGUAUUCAAACCAACAAAAAAUGUUAGUGUAUGUAAGAUAUUCAGUAUAUAUAGGCGACCGGAAGAGCAGUAAUACUAAAAUAAACAAGA